AUGGACCUCAUAUCUCAACUCCGCCGCUCCAUCCUCGCCCUCUCCCUCCCCGCCCCCUCGCAAACCCUCCUCACAACGCUCACGACGUCCCGCUCGCCGCCGCCCCCGAUCCAAUCCCUCGUCGCCACGGCAAAGGCCCGGCUCCUCGCCUCCGACCUGACGAGCACCUCCCUCAUCGACCCGUCGUCCAUCGCGACGUUUCCGCCCGACAUUGACUCUGCGGGUGUGGCGGAGGCGAAGCUCCCGCAGAACGUCCACGUGCAGGUCUUGGAUGUGGAGAAUCUGAGCGCGAGCCGGUGGGAGCAGGUUGAGGAGCUGGAGGCGAUUGAGAGGGGGGAGAGGACGAGGGGGAGGGAGGUUAUUCGGGUUACGGCGGAGGAGGAUGAUGAUGGAGCUGAUUCUUCUACGACGCAAGGCUCUUCUUCUUCUACUCGUGCUGGGGGAGCGAAUGCGAGAGUGUAUGCGGUGGAGUUGAAGCGCGUCGCGGGGAUUGCCGUGGGCAAGACGCUCAUCGGGGAGAAGAUGAUGCUGAGGGCGGGCGCGGUGGUGGCGAGGGGGACGGUGCUGCUUGCGCCGGAGACGUGUGUGUUGCUGGGGGGCAAGGUGGAUGCGUGGCAUGAGGCUUGGUUGGAGGGGAGGCUGGCGAGGUUGAGGGAGAGCGUGGGGGCGGAUCGGCCGGGGUGA